GUUGGGGCCGGGUUCGGCCCUCGUGAACUCUGACCCAAGUGUCUGAGUUUCUCUUUCCGGGACAAGAUGGCGCCGUCCACGCCACUUCUGACAGUCCGAGGAUCAGAAGGGCUGUACAUGGUAAAUGGACCACCACAUUUUACAGAAAGCACAGUGUUCCCAAGAGAAUCUGGGAAAAAUUGCAAAGCCUAUACCUUUAGUAAGGAUGGGACCUUGUUUGCCUGGGGCAAUGGAGAAAACUUCUAAAGAUGAUACAGCUGGGAUACCCAACCUGCAACUUUAUGAUUUGAAAACUGGAACAUGUUUGAAGUCCUUCAUUCAGAAAAAAAUGCAAAACUGGUGUCCUUCCUGGUCAGAAGAUGAAACGCUCUGUGCCCGAAAUGUUAACAACGAAGUUCACUUUUUUGAAAACAACAACUUUAACACAAUUGCAAAUAAAUUACAUUUGAAAAAAAUUAAUGAUUUUGUGUUAUCACCUGGACCCCAACCAUACAAGGUGGCUGUCUAUGUUCCAGGAAGUAAGGGUGCACCUUCAUUUGUUAGAUUAUAUCAGUAUCCCAACUUUGAUGAACCUCAUGCAGCUUUAGCCAAUAAAAGUUUCUUUAAGGCUGAUAAGGUCACAAUGCUGUGGAAUAAAAAAGCUACUGCUGUGUUGGUAAUAGCUAGUACAGAUGUUGACAAGACGGGCGCUUCCUACUACGGGGAGCAGACGCUGCACUACAUCGCAACAAACGGAGAGAGUGCCGUGGUGCAAUUACCGAAAAACGGCCCCAUUUAUGAUGUGGUUUGGAAUUCUAGUUCUACUGAGUUUUGUGCCGUGUAUGGUUUCAUGCCCGCCAAAGCAACGGUCUUCAACCUAAAGUGUGACCCGGUGUUUGACUUUGGAACUGGCCCUCGUAACGCGGCCUACUACAGCCCUCAUGGACACAUAUUAGUCCUGGCUGGAUUCGGGAAUCUGAGGGGACAAAUGGAAGUGUGGGAUGUUAAAAAGUACAAACUCAUCUCGAAGCCGGUGGCCUCCGAUUCUACAUAUUUUGCCUGGUGCCCAGAUGGUGAGCAUAUUUUAACAGCCACGUGUGCUCCACGGUUACGUGUGAAUAACGGGUACAAGAUUUGGCAUUACACGGGCUCUGUCUUGCACAAGUAUGAUGUACCAUCAAAUGCAGAAUUAUGGCAGGUUUCUUGGCAGCCAUUCUUAGAUGGAAUAUUUCCAGAAAAAGCAAUAACUUACCAAGUAGUUCCAAGUGAUGUGCCUAGUGAAGAACCUAAAGCUGCAACAGCUUAUAGACCCCCAGCUUUAAGAAAUAAACCAGUCACCAAUUCCAAACUGCAUGAAGAAGAACCACCUCAGAAUAUGAAGCCACAACCAGGAAAUGAGAAACCAUUAUCAAAAACAGCCCUUAAAAAUCAAAGGAAGCAUGAGGCUAAGAAAGCUGCAAAGCAGGAAGCAAGAAGUGACAAGAGUCCAGAUACAGCACCUGCUCCUGCCCCGCAAAGCACUCCACGAAAUACUGUUUCUCAGGCAACUUCCGGGGACCCUGAGACAGACAAAAAAAUCAAGAACCUAAAGAAGAAACUGAAAGCAAUUGAACAGCUGAAAGAACAAGCAGCAGCUGGAAAACAGCUGGAAAAAAAUCAGUUGGAGAAAAUUCAGAAAGAGAAAGCCCUUCUCCAAGAGCUGGAAGAUUUGGAGCUGGGUAUUUAAAGAUUCAGAGAAAGCAAGCUGGUUACCAGAAAUCACUGCAAACGUAUUUUCUGUUAAACACAUCAGUGUACAUAGAAAUAUCCAUGUGCCCACAUUCACUUAUAAUUUUGACCAUUUAUCUAAGAUUCUACAUGUCUAUACAAUUACUUAAUGUCUGUUAAAUUGAUUUUUACAUCCUGCAUCCUGUAUCAUGUCAACAUACGAUAUAGAAAAGAGACACAUGAUUUUCAGUUUAGCUAAGCUUGACAGAUUGAAAGACUAAUGUCAUUGUUUUUUAGUAGGGGACAGUAUUUACCAUAUCAAUUAAUAAAAAGAUUUUAAUUUUAAUCAUUGUUGACUCUGUUAUAAGUUCUUCGAUUAGUAAGUUCUUUAUUAAUUUACAAAAACAAGUUUGGGAAAUUUUUUCUUUGAAUAUAUAACAUAACUGUCUUGAUCCUAAAAGAUUAUAUGGUCGAACAUUGAAGAAAAGCCUUAAAAUCAGGUUGUACUAAAUAUAUUAAAUUGUUUAUAUUAUUGGUAGUAUUUGAAGUAAAGCUUUUCUGACUAGUUUUAAAGUCUGAACUUUAAAAGUAGAAAAUAAUAAAACAUUUUGAUAUUUCAGAUAAUAAACCUGACCAUUUAAUGACAAGGUAAUAUUUUCUAAAUGUGAACUAUGAUUAUUUAGCUGUAGUUGUCUUGAUUGUUUUGGUUGUUCACUUAUAUGAUGAAUAAAAGAUGUACUGGUAACCCAAGAUAUUCAGCUAUCAAAACUGAUUUAUAUUUGGUUUUGGAGUCUGUUACAGCUACUUUUUUUGGUCUGAUUUACAUUUUAAGUUAUUUUUAUUACAUUUACAUUGAUACAGGUUUUAAUUAUCCAGAGCUAAUAUUUAAGCUAAGUAAAAGAAAAGAAUCUAGGAAUACUUUGAGAGAGAUACACAGGUAACUGAGUUUCCUGAUGUCCCAACGCUACAAAUAAGAUUUGGUACAGACCUAAGGAAUUAAAGUUGAAGUGUUUUGGUUUUGUUUUUGUUUUUUUUUUUGCAGUGAAAGCACAGAGUCUUAACCACUGGACUGCUGUCAGAGUCCCUUGAGUGGUAUUUUAAAUGUUUUGUGGGUAGAGUGAAUGUGGACACAUACACACUCAUGUACAUAUAAUUUCUUUCAACAUUAAUUCAUUUUUGAUAAUAGAAAUAUAAGCUUUUUUAAAGUAAUAUAUUGUAAAAACAAUGUAUUUUUCUAAUAAAAUGUUAAGUAAUUCACCUUAAGCCAGUGUAAUGUUUUUUGGCCAAGCAGCCUAACAGUUUUCUUAAUUUAAAUUUUUUUAAUUAUCAAUUUACACAGUUUACAGCAAAUAUAUUAAUCAUUUGAAAAAUGUCCAUCUUAAGGGAAUUCCCUGGUGUUCCAGUGAUUAGGACUUGGUGUUCUCACUGCUGAGGGCCUGAGUUCAAUCCCUGGUUGGCAGACCAAGAUCCAUCACACUCUGCGGCAUGACAGUCAAUAAAUGAGUAAUCAAUAAAUCUUAUCAGUCAAUCUGUGGGAAUUCCCUGGUGAUUCAGUGGUCAGGACUCCGCACUUGCGCUGUAGGGGGCACGUAUUCAAUCUCUUCGUGCAUGCCAUGUGGCUCCCCCCAAAUUUUUUUUUAAUGAAAUGUUUAUCUUAGAAGUAUCAUCAUUGAACCUUUUGUUUUAGUCAGAUGCUUUUUAAUUGCUCCAAGGUGACUGUUUCUAUUAAAAUUAGAUUACUUGGA